CUUACCAGAAAAACACAGGCACAGAGGCUUCCACUUCCACUUCCACUUCCACUUCCACUUUCAUUCCGGAGGUUUGCAUGAGAGACUUUUGGAUUGGAGGGUUUUAAGAAAGACUUGAAUCGAUAUCGUUGGGUGGAGGGUUUCAUUGUAUAUACUACAUAGCGCCAUAGGAAAAAUGAGGGCGGGAAACCUUAACGCUUUCAACUCCAGAAUUCCAACGGUCGGCAACAAUGGAGGUUUCUCCUUCUGGCGCCGUAUUAAUCCAUUCCUUCCCACAAACAAAAACAAACCAAUUAUCUUGGCUCCCUCUCUUCUUUCUGCCGUUAAUGUAUCGCCCGCUCCAGAUAUUCGAUCAAUUUCGCGACCUGUUAGAGCCACCGGAAGAUCGGACCAGGUGGACUGUAAUGGAAAUCAAAAUGGUGGUAUCUCAAACUCAUGGAAUGCAUUAAAUUCAGCUAAGGCAUUAUUGGAUUUUGUUAUAUCCAACUUCCGUCCAAUAGCUCUUGUCAGCGGAGUAGCUCUAGGAUUUGCAAAUCCUACCCUUGGCUGUCUAGCCCAUAAUUAUUCCCUUACAAAUUUUGGCACUACUAGAAUUUUUCUCAUCUCAGGGAUCAUGUUGCGGAGUGGGGAAAUUAGAGCAGUAGCCGAAGCAUGGCCGGCAGGAAUGUUUGGACUUGAUCUUCACACGAGGAAGAUGAUUGGUGGAGGGCGUGAAAAAGAUGGUUUAUAUUAUCUCAAGUGUGGCACUCAUGCUUCUUCUGCUGUUGGCUACUGCUACUGUUGUUGGGGAUGCGACUCCUUUCUAAUGGCACUGUCAUUUAGGACACUUGUCUUUGUCUAGGUUGAAAAUUUUAUUUUCUAGGUUUAAGUCUAUGCUCAAGUUAGAGUGUGAAGCCUGUGAGUUGAGAAAGCAUCACCGUGUGUCCUUCCUAUCUCACUCUGUGUCUUGUAGUUCGUCUUUAUUUUUUUAGUACAUUCGGAUGUCUGGGGUCCUUGUAGAGUCAGUAAUAGAUUUGGAUUUUGAUAUUUUAUGACUUUUUUGGAUGAUCAUUCUCGUCUUACAUGGUUGUAUCUGUUAAAUGAUCGAUUUGAAUUUUUAUUUGUAUUUCAGAAUUUUUAUAAUGAAAUAAAAACUCAGUUUGGCAUUUUAGUUAUUA